AUGGCAUGUUGGAUGCAUUUGCCUCUGUUUCAGAUCUUUUCGCGGUCUCUUUUUGUUUCUUUGGCGGUGAGCUGGGUUUCCUGCAAAGUAGCAUUCGAACAGGGGGUGGGUUUCCCUUUGAUCUCGGCUACUGCAUCUUUUCUGAGUAAUCCAAUCAAGGGGCGGGAAAACAAAUGGGCGCGGCUGCGACUACAUCGCACAAAGUCUAGAGUAAAUACAUGCGUGUUGGGAAUAACUCGUUGUCAAAAUCUGGUGCUGCAACGGUUCGAGCUUGCAGUUUGUUAA